AUGACGAGGACCGGUCGUUACUUUGAAAACGAAGGGGAUCGCACGAGUCGAAGUCGCACUGAGGUUGUUGCGGCGAUGGACGGAGCUGCUGAUGGUUUUGACGGGGAAGAGGAAUCUGAUGAGGAUGAGAUUACUGUCAAUGCUGCUGGUUCUGCUAAUAAGGUCAAUGCCAUGUCUAAUGCGACGAGGAGUUGGCAGAACGCAACGAAAGUUGUCGCUGGACUGAGCGUUGUUGGUCCUGUCACCGCGAGGUUGGUUGAUAGGUACACGCUUGUCGUUCGAUACAGCACCACUACCGACUCUCGAACAUCAAAAGGGUCUCUGAAUUCGCUCACUGCCAUCAACAAUCAUUUUGGAAACGAUGCUGGCGACGAUAAUGUUGAUGGUCCCAACGCUCGUGGCACGUACGCGCGAGAGUACACGCUUCGCCAUCCUGAGAUCAAAUGGGUCCAUCGUGGUCAGGGUCGUUACUUGCCUGCUGUGAAGAUCAAAUGCGAGUCGAUGGCUGCGCCGGAGAGGCGGUCAAGACACAGCCGUGGAGAGCCCGAGAAGACGAACAGUAUCACGCCACACAUCAAGAAGGAGAACUCCGAGCCUGACGGUGCCAGCAACUCGAUCAGGUCCAGUAGAUGGAGAAUCUCUGACGCCGGCCGAAUUCCCUCCUUUGGCCGCCAGGAAUCUUCCGCUCAGUCGGCUGACGAAGGAGGAAAAGAAGAGGAGGCUCCUCGGGCUCGCGCAGUUCGCAACUCACUCACUGAUUCACUCUCCCACCCACCACAAUACGGAUUACGUCAGCGGCAAUCAGAUCCUCAAUCUCCUUCAACGCUCGAGCAUCGCACAGCUCGGCUAGCUCGGCGCGCCAAGCUUAUUCCGAGUAUUGAGCGUGGUCGCACAGCACUUCGCCGCGGAUCCAUCACUGCUGCCACCAACAGCCACGACAACGAAUCCGAGACUGAAUGCGACGAGGAGGAAGACAUGGCGGACGACGACUUGACCAAGACCUACACCAAGGCUCACGUGCAGGCCAACAAGCAUGAGGAGUAUCAUCACACCGGUAAUGGCUGGUAUAGAAAGGGCCCACGACCGAGUGGCAAAUUCUCUGUCAAAGGCAAGGAGCGCAGUUCUGAUCGAGCGCCGCCAGCUCGUGCGCCUGCAGUUAACUAUACUUUCGAUGAAGACCAGACUGUGCACAGGGAUGACCUCGGCAACUACCCGGGCAUGAUGUUCCAUCACAAGGGCAAUGCGUGGUUCAGGCCCGGUGUUGAUACGAAGAAUCGACCCAAGACUAAAGUCGUGGACGCCGAUGGCAAUGUUCGCACACUCGAGGACAUUGAGAAGGAUGAGGGCCCGGUCGCUUCUACAUUCACAGCUGGGACAGUCGACAAAGCGUAUGCUGAUGCGCAUCCUGAUCUGCAUUGGGAGCAUCGUGGCAAUGGCCGCUACGCCGAGAAGCCGAAACUUCAGCCUCGCAGGACUAGCACUAAGACAACAACAUCGAGUGAGCCGGUGUCUACUACCGAGAGGCGGAAGAGUGAGUCGCAGGCAACCUUUUCCAAGGAGUAUGUGCUUCAGCAUCCCGGCACGACUUUCUACCAUACCGGCAAUGCACGUUACAAGCUUGGCGCGAGGCCUCAGGUCUUGCCAGCUUCACUUCGUGCUGCAAGCUCCGAUGGUGGGCUGGUCGAUAGGGCGUAUGUUGAUGCUCAUCCGGGUCAGGAGUUUCACCAUCGUGGUCAAGGUCGGUAUGCACGUGGGGCCAGACUCAGCACCACCACUCCAGCACUUGAGGAUGAGGUUGAAGAUGAAGAAAUGGAGGAUGAGGAAGAAGAAGAAGAGGAAGAGGAGGAGGAUGACUUGCCACCGGAAGUCGAAGAUGUGGACGAGGAUCUCGGCGACCGGACUAGACUCGUCGACAGUUCGUUCGUGAACACUCACACAGGAACGACUUUCCAUCACAAAGGCCAAGGUCGUUGGGCUUUUGGCUUGCCACCUCCGGGCAGCCACAACAAGGUUGCUGUUAGGGGCCCGAAGGCUAUCCGCUGGAAUGUGAUCAAGUCCCUGAUGGAGAAGGAAGACCCGGAGUUCGGAUUGCCGAAACAGAAUGAGCUUCUGAGGAGGGAGGAUGGGCCGGAUAAGUUUCCCGGUCUUACCUGGGUCUAUCGUGGUGGUGGUAAGUGGGCGCGGCUCUCCAAGGCGGAUGUGGAGCUUGGCGUAGGUCAGAAGAGCGGGAGGCAGAGUCUGGGGUCCAGGCCGGCCGUGAAGAAGCGCCGUGUGACUGGGCCUCCAGCGAGUACUGCAGCUUCCAUCGCAGGGGCUGAUGAGGAUGAGGAAAUGAUGGAUGAAGCUGCACUCAACAUCCCUUCCCUGAGCAAGCCAAAGAAGAGCCGUCAGCGCAAGAGCCAGCACACCCACCCUGACCUCAACGCCUCAAAGAACUCCUCAACCUCUCAUUCCCAAGCACCGACCCCGAAACCACGCAUGCUGGAACCCGACGAAGACGUCCUCACCGACUCCGACUUGCCAGAUAUCUACCACGAGACCACGCCCCCCACCCCCGAAGAAGGCGACGAAGACGACAUCGACCGUGCCCUGCGCCAACAAUUCCACGCCCUCAACACCGACGCCCUCAUGGCCUCCCUCACGAAAUUCGACCCCGCCGUCCGCUCAACGAAGAAUCUUUACGCCAUAGCGGAGAAUACCAUGAAAGCCAUGGCGGCCCUGCAGGAGGAGUACAUGGAACUCGACAAGAUCACAGCUCCUCACAACAAGAUCCCCAAACGACCGGUCAAAGGUGGUCGGGAACCAGUGGAGGCACAGAUCUUUGAGGAUAGGAAGGAGGCGGAUUUGUACGAUUAUGUUUUCGAGAAAGGGAGGGUGGGGUUUCAGGACCCGGAGGCGCAGAAGAUUGUCCGGGAUGCGGAGGGCAGGGAGUUGAGGAAGAGGAGGAGGGUUGGUGGUGGAAAUGGGAAUGGGAAUGGGAAUGGUGGCGUGGAGCCGGCGGAUGUGGUUCCUGGGUGGAGAUGGGGGGAGGAGAUUUCGGGAGUCGGGGAGAAGAGGGCUAGUCGGCAGCCGGCUAGGUUUGAUAAUAUGGGUGAGGGUGGUACUAGUACUGCUGUUACUGGUAGCGGUGGUGGUGCUGGUGGUUGUGGUGGGGCAGGGAUGGGUAUGGGUGCGGCUGGGAAUGGAGGACAGCCGAAGCGUAAGGCGAGGAAUCCUUUGGGCUUGAAUGGCAAAGGUGGGAGUCUGACGCCUGGUCGUGGCGGUACACCUAUUCUAGGAACUGGAUCUGGUGCCGCAAGCGCUGAUGGUCUGGCUACGGGUAAAGCGAUCGGGAAUGUGCCGAGAAGGAUCCAGGAAUUGAGGGGUGAGAGUGUGGCUUCGGAUGGUGGGAGUGGGAAAAGUGGGAAGAAGGGUAAGAUUCCGGGGCUGGGUGUCAAGGGCGUGAAGUAG